CGUCACACUGACAGCUGGCAAAUGUGUCAAGUCCUUCGCGAUUUGUGGUGAACAGUGAAAUUUUCUUUAGUAUAUUUUGUGUGAAAAUUAGUGAAAUGGCUACCGUCGAGGAAUUAAAGAAGAAAGUGCAGGAGUUAGAGGCUAAAUUAGCCGCUGCUCAGGGUAGCGUUAGCGCCGUUCGGCAGAAAAUCGACGUCAUGUCGUCCGAAGUGGUGGAUACCAACCCCUACAGCCGGCUCAUGGCCUUGAAGCGCAUGGGCAUCGUGAACAACUACGAGAAGAUCCGGGAGAUGUCUGUUGCGGUGGUCGGUGUCGGAGGGGUGGGCAGCGUGACUGCUGAAAUGCUGACGAGAUGCGGGAUAGGAAAGCUGAUCCUGUUUGACUACGAUAAAGUGGAGCUGGCAAACAUGAAUCGUCUGUUCUUCCAACCGCACCAGGCGGGGCUGAGCAAGGUGGCCGCCGCGGCCGCCACGCUGCAAGCGAUCAACCCGGACGUGGUCAUCGACUCCCACAACUACAACAUCACUACAGUCGACAACUUCCAGAAGUUCUGCGAUACUAUCACUACCGGCAGCUUGAAAGGCAGCCGCGUGGACCUGGUGCUGAGUUGCGUGGACAACUACGAAGCUCGAAUGGCGAUCAACACCGCGUGCAACGAGCUCAACCAGAAGUGGUUCGAGUCGGGCGUCAGUGAGAACGCCGUGUCGGGGCACAUACAGUUCAUCAUACCUGGGGAGACUGCGUGUUUUGCUUGUGCCCCACCGCUGGUGGUAGCUUCUAAGAUCGACGAGAAGACUCUUAAAAAGGAAGGAGUUUGCGCCGCCAGUCUGCCGACCACCAUGGGGAUCGUCGCUGGAUUCCUAGUACAAAACACACUGAAGUAUCUGCUCGAGUUCGGAACAGUCACCCAUUAUCUGGGAUACAGCGCGCUUUCUGAUUUCUUCCCCACCAUGAGUCUCAAGCCGAACCCGCAGUGCGACGACAUGGAGUGCCGCUCGCGCCAGGCGGAGGCGCGCGCGCGGCCCGCGGUGGAGCUCGCCACCGAGGUCACCGAGGACCUCGCGCCGCUGCACCACGACAACGAAUGGGGAAUCAGCCUAAUUGAUGAGAACAACCCAGAAGAUGAUGACUCCGCGAACUUGAAGCUGGUUGAUGGUGUACAGGUGGCGUACAGCGUGCCGGUGGACAGCAGCACGCCGGAGUCCAGCACAGGCGGCGCCGUGGCCGCCUCCGAACUCUCGCUCGAAGACCUGAUGCAGCAGAUGAAGAGCAUGUAAACCAUCUCCGGUACCGCAACAGACUGGAUGAUGAAGGCGAACGAACACAAAUCGCCUGGUAAUGAAGUCAUUGCUGUCUAAAUAAAUGAUGAUCUUAAAGGGGGUUGGUUUUUGGGUUAUUCUUGAUCUUCAUUGACGGAAUGAACUUAACAGGAAAAAUCUUUACCUAAAAUAGUAGUUCAGAUUGACCAAUCGGACUCAGUGCGUUUCUGUUACGCUCUUGAGAUAGCCAAUCAGGGCGUUUUGGUCCUUCGAACCUCUUACCCCGAUAUAACCCCUAAUUUUAACAAUGUACUAUCCGUAGUAAUGUGUUCCCUCGAGUUUCAAUGUAGCCUUCUCCCAGCGCCAUAUCAUUUCGUAGUGGCAAAGUUCCGUCGCGAAAGCAUCCGCUUGUGUAUUAAUGUUAGGUAAUGGUGCCAAUCUAUAUAGAGGCUUAAGUCUCGAAAUAUAUGAAGGCUUAGCGUGGUGCUGAGGCUUGCUUCGUGUUGUGUGAGCGGCCCUUGCGAUGGUAUACGUUCAGUAGAGCCUUUAAUGUAUUAUAAGUGUAUGUAUUGAUGUAAAAAUAGUGUUGGCGAAAUCUAUGAAAAUUAGAUAAUCAUUCUCAAUACAUAGACCUAAAACUGUUAGUAGAUUUGAUGACUUUCUAUCCCCGCUUCUAUCACCCACUUGACUAUUUCUAAGACGUAAAUGAUCUGUAUAUAAUGGCGGAAUAAUUAGCUAGCAAUUUUUUUUAUAUCUUUUAUAUUUAAUAUAGUAUCAAUGGCAAUUUAUGUCGGCAUUUUUAAGUUAACAUGUAAAAUCUUAGAAGUAUAAUUUUAUAUUGCGGUUUAUUGAAUGAGUACUAUUUUUUCAUUUUAGUAGUGGCGCAAAGCGCUCACGUAGUUAGUGAAACAAUAAUUAGACCCAAAAAAUGGCGAUAAAUAUCUACAUCUCUGAAAUUCCGAAUUGUAAAAACUUUUAAAUCUUUAGAAUUGUAAAAAACAUACUGUAGUUAAAAAGUUUGCAAGUGGGGAUACUUUUCAAACUUUAUCAGCAUAUCAUAAGUAGUUAGAAAAAAAUCAAAUAGUUUAGUAAAAUAUUAAUACUAAAAUUUAAAUUGUAGCGGUUAAUGUCUGGUUCCAUUGAAUUUUACUUAAACUUGCAAAGCGUUGUUUUAUAAUAUCUGUUUUGUGGAAAAACAUUUCCGUUAGUUUGAAUAUAUCGAGAUUAUGUCGCAAGUUUUUUUUUUAACUUAUUCCAUAAACAUUAUUUCUUUAAGUGAUAUAUCAAUCUUUAUAACGGUCUGAAGUUAGUAACGUGUAGCUUCGCGGUUAAUGCGUAAGGAGACUGAAUGUGGUCAAUAGACAUUAGGCUGUGCUGUACUGAGAUUCUUAUGCCAGUUUUUAUCCAUAUAAAUUAGAACAACUGAGCUACCCUUGUAAUACUUACGUAUCUUGAAAUGACUCGAACGCUCUACAGACAAGUAAAAAAAAUAUAUAUGACAAGUUAAUUUUUAAUAAAAUGUUAUAAGUUUAAAGUUUAGAGUAAGCUCACCAGAAACCAAACCAAAAUAAUGUUUAUUAACAAAUAAAACUAAAUAAACAAUCUAUAUUGCCACAAUUAUAUAAUUCAUAAUAUUGAAUUUAGGAUUUAUUUAGGUUGGUAAGCAAAAUGGACUAACUUCAGACCAGUCAUAAAAAUGGCGUCGUAAUUGUCGGAAAAACUGUGCUUAAUAUUUAUGAAAAUGUAUUCCUGUAUGUGUACGUAGAUAUGUAUCGCGAGAGGUUGUUUGUCGAAGAGUGAGACUUUAUUUGCUUAUUGCAUAAGAGUUAUUUUUCUCUUCAGAAAUAUUGAAAGUCCAUUAUUUAUAUAAUUUUAUAUGUUUUUUAGGAAUGUAUUGAAUCAAUUAGGUAUAUAGUGUUGCGAAGUUCGUCUAUAAUAAAGAUAAUAAGUCUCUCUGAAUAAUGUAAUAAAAGCCAUUGUCUAAUAUAUUACUUUCUAAAUUUUUUUGUCGCUAGCAGCGAGUUUGUCGCACAAUUGAAAUAGCUUAAAAUGUAUCGAAUCUUAAGACCUUGAUUAAAACAUAUAUAAAGAGGAACAUUUCAGCAUACUACGUAAAUCCGUUCCAAAUUCUGUUGUAUUCAUAAUGCCAGGUCUAUUCAUUCUAAUUUUGUCGUUUGAAUAAAACAUGAGCGGCGAUGUCAACUUUUUUAAUGUCGCGUCUGCGCACUGUAUUCAUCUAUUUUGAAAAAGACAACUUAUUAAAUUGGAUAAAUAAAAAUCAAAUUGUUUUGGUUACUCACAAGAGAAUAUUAUUUUUGAUUAUUUUUUUAAAUAUGACCUUUCCUUCUAGUUAUGGUGUCAUGUUAUUUAUUGUUUUUAACUGUUUAUGAAAUAAGUGCUAUAUGUUAAGUGUUAUUUUAUGAAAUUAUUUUAUUUUGGAUGUAUUUUUGAAAUCUUUAUUAUACGUUAACGUUACGGCUUAAGCUAAAUACGAAUGUCUAUGUAAUAUAAAAUUUUAUUAUUUAAUUAAAUACUAUAUGUGACGA